AUGGCCACCAACGCACCUUACUUAAAAAUUAUCGAACAACCAGCUGGGAAAUCGUGUCGCUUUCGUUAUGAGAGCGAAGGUCGGCACAGUGGCUCAAUUUUUGGUGUAAAUUCAACCAAAGACAAACAAACCUAUCCAACCAUCGAAGUUGGUAAUGUCACCGGAAAGAUUGGUAUACGCAUAACUUGCGUUACGAACAAUGAUAAUGGCACACCGAAGCAGCACCCACACAAGUUAACAACGAAAGAAGUGUUAGAAAGCGGAGCAGUUUUACUGAAACACAAUGUCACGCAAAGGAAAAAGAUUGAAGUUAAGGACGUCGGAAUUGUGUUUGUUAAAAAGCAACGUAUUCAUGACUCAUUAAAACAACGGAAGAGUAUGAAUAUCGAUCCAACGAAAGGUGGUUGGGAUUACAUUGAAAGACCGCAUCUCUUCGAUUUACACUGUGUGCGCAUGUGUUUCGAAGCCUUUCUUUACACUAGUAACGGAAAUGCAACGGAGCAAGUCAGCUGUAUACCGAUCGGGUAUGUCCUUUCAGAUCCAAUUAUGGAUAAAAAAUCCAAUGGUUCAUUGAAAAUCAUAGAAAUGAAUCAAACAUCGUCCGUAUCGGGUGGUGAAAGGAUAUUUAUCUUCUGCGACAAAGUAAAACGUGAAGAUAUCUCCGUUUUAUUCUAUGAAGAAAAUGCCGAUCGGCAAAUCAUCUGGAAAGAAGAGAUUAACUACAAAAACUCCGAAUCAUUGCGGGUUCACCAUCAAUAUGGAAUUGCACUUCGAACACCAAGCUACAAUGAGCACGACAUUCAAGAGCCACGCAAAGUGUUUGUUCAGCUGAUUCGACCAUCGGAUAGUGAAGUCAGCGAACCAAUCCCGUUUACAUACCUACCCAAUGCACAUAGUAUUCAAUUACAGCGCAAAAAGCAAACAAAAGUAAAUGAAUCUGUGAAAAAAUCACUGAGUUCGAGGGGAGUACCAUUGAAAAAAGCGGAAAAGCCAAAAUUUAUACCAAACAUUCUGGACGAAAAUAUUUUGCCCAAAGCGAAUAGGACUAACUCGAUGGAACGACCAUUAAAUCCACCGAAACUUAUCAAUUUGGGUGAAGACGACAAAGAGAAUGGUCACAUGAACAAUCAAGCACAAAAUGGGUACCAAACAUCGAUUCAACCGCACUAUCAACACCAAAUGACCAACACAAACUCAUAUGAUGUACAAUACAAUUUUCCAUGUGGCACAUACUCCAAUUCAAACUAUCCAUCGUACUAUUAUACGCCAUAUGCCCAGCAUCAGAAUGCCAAUGGCUUUUUUGGUGAGCCAUCGAUUGCACAAGCAUCAUGCAAUCCACAGCCGAUAUUACAACCAACUAUGUCUCAACAGCCGUCUCAAUCAAAUGGCCAACAGCACGACGGAUACAUGAAUCGAGUGAUGAAUCCAAUUGAAAACCAUUCCACAAAUUCGGCCAUAAAUUGCAUACCAUUCACCUACAACAAUGAUAAUAGCAUGGAUUCUAAUAAAACCGUCGAAAAUUUUGCCACCAAUGCCCCCACAAUAAACGAUAAUGCCGAAGAAAAAGAUACAAAUUAUUCCGAUUUGGUACAUGGCACAGAUACAUCCGAGCUGAUCAAAUUGUGUUUGAACGAAGACAGUAAUGUGAGCGACAUCGAUGGCAUUGGAAUGAGUUUUGAUAGCAUUAAACUAUAA